AUGUCGCAGCCUGAGACAUACGACACUGUUGUCUACGGCUCGACGUCCGGUGCCGUCGCGACGGCUAUCCAAGCCUCACGGCUCGGGAGGUCAGUCGCGUUGGUCUCACCGCAGGAACACAUCGGCGGCAUCCAGGUCAACGGCCUCGGAGCCACAGACAUCGACAACCAGGCCGAGUUCCAGAAUAGCACUACGCUGGGCGGGCUGAAUCUCGAGCUUCACCAGAGGAUCAGUCGUCACUAUGGCCGCCUGGACAGGCUGAACGAGGUCGUCGAGAAGAAGCUCAAGGACCCUGAUGUCUGGAGGUUCGAGGCCAGGGUUGCGGAGCGGGUGAUCAAGGACUGGCUGGCUGAGAACCCGUCGAUUACCAUAGUCAAGGCGAGGCUCGUCGAGAAAGAUGCGGUUGAGAAGGAUGGAACGACCAUUCGGGCGAUCCGUCUCGAGAAUGGCCAGACGAUAACUGGAAAGAUCUUCGUCGAGGCAAGCUAUGAGGGCGACCUUCUCGCCGCCGCCUCGAUAUCCUGGACCCACGGCCGCGAGUCCUCGGCGACGUACGAAGAAUCCCUGGCCGGCGUCCGCGCGGAGACGCUCUACCGCCAAAUCGACGUCGACAUCGACCCGUACAUCGCACCCGGUGACCCCUCCAGCGGCCUGCUCUUUGGCAUCUCCCCGGAAGCCUUUGGCAACCCCGGCGACGGAGACUUGCAUCUUCAAUCGUACUCGUACCGCAUGCCGCUGACCGACGACCCAGAAAACCGCGUGCCCUUCACCGAGCCGGAGGGGUAUGAUCCUGCAUGGUAUGAAUUGCACAGACGGUUCCUGAAGGCUGGAGGGGAGAUGUAUGUGCCAAAGAAGAGGUUGCCAGGAGAAAAGACGGACUUGAUCGGAAGCGAGGGGGCAUUAUCGACGGACUUGCUUGGUAUGAACGACGAGUGGCCUGUGGCAGGGUAUGAAGGGCGAAAGAGGAUACUGAAGGACACAGCGGACUUCACGAAGGGAUUCUUUUGGUUCUUGGCGACGGACGAGUCAGUCCCGGAACCGAUUCGCAAAGAGUGGUCGCGCUUUGGAUACUGCCGCGAUGAGUUCCAUGACAAUGGGCACUUCCCACACGAGCUCUAUGUGCGAGACGCCAGGCGAAUGAUAUCAGACUACAUCGUCACGGAAGCGACGGCUUCUCAGAACGGCGCGCCGGAGGUUCCAGACCCGGUCGCCGUAGCGUACUGGCCGACAGAUACGCAUAGCGUGCGGCGCAUACUCCGGGACGGGCGGGUCCACAACGAAGGCUUCAUCUUCAAGGACGGACACCGUUGGCGGCCCUUCGGUAUCGCUUACCGUGCGAUGGUGCCGCGGAGGGAGGAGGCGGGCAAUUUCGUCAGUGUUACUUGUCCCAGCUCGUCGCACGUCGGAUAUGGGGCUGUGAGGCUGGAACAUCAGUUUUACGCGCUUGGCCAGGCUUGUGCCAACGCGUGUGACAUCGCUUUGGAGCAGGACGCCUCGGUGCAGGAUGUGCCGUAUGGGCCCCUGAGAGAGAGGUUAUUGAAGCAGGGAGUUGUUUUGGAUGCCUCUACUGUUGGCGUCCCGUCGUUUGGUGACGAAUGA